AUGUGGGUUACUAGUCAGUCAGUGGUUAAAACGUUUUAUCUAUUCGGAUGGUUGGCCCUGCUUGGUAACGUCGCCUGCGUUCACAAACAUAAGGGAAGGACCAGUGUUCUGGGCCAUGCCGAGGCAAUAGUAAGCCAUUUCAGAGACGGCUACGAUGGCUUCCGCGGCUAUUUCCAGUUGCUGAUCGGACCGGAAUACAAGAAUGAGAAAAUCUUCAAUCUAUUAUACUUUCGCACCGACGAAGUUUUCGGAUACGUUGGACUCCUCAAUUAUAACAACAGUCGAGUUUUCGACGCUCAUUUCUCCGUGUGGAACGUAAAUUCGGCAACGCCUGGCAAAGGAUUUGGAUGUGUGGAGUUUAACAAUGGGGACGCGGACCGGGGCUAUAAGUGUGUCAAAGAAAGCUUCCCAUUGAUACGUAAUCACAUCUACUUCGUGGACGUGGAAAUCACCGAAUCGUCUAUUCGAGCAUAUAUAACAUCGGGAUUUGAGAGCUUGGAAAGUAGGGAAAGCUUCCAUAUCCAGCGCAGACUAAUUGGUAGCAUGUCCUACUGCAAGGGGAUGCAAAAUUUGCGGCCCCUAGGAUAUUAUGUGCACAACAUACGAGACCGCGACUCCUGUGAUGUGGCCAACUCAUUGGUGGCCGUUAAUUUUGCGCCGAUGCAGUUUGUCCAAAAUGAUUUUGUUAAGCACACCACCUUGGGCAACGCACAUGUCUUUAACUCAAAGUGCAAGGACCCGUUUGUCCUAAUUGCGGUUGCAGAGGACAAAAAGAGCGUCAUUUACUUUACGCGUCCAUCUUUUGUCUAUACUUAGAACUAUAAAAUAAAUCAUUUACAUUUGUAAAAGUA